GGGGCUGCCACACAGCCUCAUCUGCCACCGGAGCAAGGCGGAGAUGGCGACUGCAGCUCGGCUCCUGGGGCGGCGGGUGGCGAGCUGGAGGCUGCAGCCGCCGCGGCCGCCCCUCGCCGGCGUCGUUUCCCAGCGGGCCCACUCGCUGUUGCCCGUGGACGAUGCGGUCAACGGGCUAAGCGAGGAGCAGAAGCAGCUUCGUCAGACCAUGGCUAGGUUCCUUCAGGAGCACCUAGCCCCCCAGGCCCACGAGAUUGAUCACAGCAACGAGUUCAAGAACCUUCGAGAGUUUUGGAAGCAGCUGGGGAACCUGGGAGUCUUGGGCAUCACAGCCCCUGUUCAGUAUGGCGGCUCUGGCUUGGGCUACCUGGAGCAUGUGUUGGUGAUGGAGGAGAUAUCCCGAGCCUCUGGAGCAGUGGGACUCAGUUACGGUGCCCACUCGAACCUCUGCCUCAACCAAAUUGUGCGCAAUGGAAAUGAGGCCCAGAAGGAGAAGUACCUCCCCAAGCUGAUCAGCGGUGAACACAUCGGAGCCCUGGCCAUGAGUGAGCCCAAUGCCGGCUCUGAUGUUGUCUCCAUGAAGCUAAAAGCAGAAAAAAAAGGAGAUCACUACAUCCUGAAUGGCAACAAGUUCUGGAUCACCAAUGGCCCCGAUGCUGACAUCCUUAUUGUCUAUGCCAAGACAGAUCUGGCUGCUGUGCCACCUUCUCGGGGCAUCACGGCCUUCAUCGUUGAGAAGGAUAUGCCCGGCUUCAGCACCUCCAAGAAGCUGGACAAGCUGGGGAUGCGAGGCUCUAACACCUGUGAGCUGAUCUUUGAGGACUGCAAGGUUCCUGCUACCAACAUCCUGGGCCAUCCAAGUAAGGGCGUCUACGUGCUGAUGAGUGGGUUGGACCUGGAACGGCUAGUGCUGGCUGGUGGGCCCCUCGGGCUCAUGCAGGCCGUCCUCGACCACAGCAUUCCCUACCUGCACACGAGGGAAGCCUUUGGCCAGAAGAUUGGCCACUUCCAACUGAUGCAGGGGAAGAUGGCUGACAUGUACACGCGCCUCAUGGCAUGUCGGCAGUACGUCUACAACGUCGCCAAAGCCUGUGAUGAGGGCCACUGCACCUCCAAGGACUGCGCAGGGGUGAUUCUUUACUCAGCCGAGUGCGCCACACAGGUCGCCCUGGACGGCAUUCAGUGUUUCGGUGCCAAUGGCUACAUCAAUGACUUUCCCAUGGGCCGCUUUCUGCGAGAUGCCAAACUGUAUGAGAUUGGGGCCGGGACCAGUGAGGUGAGGAGGCUGGUCAUCGGCAGAGCCUUCAACACAGACUUCCGCUAACCCCAAGACCCUUCAGCCACUUUUCCCAGCACCUAGAGGCCUUUCUUUGGAAGUAGGGAUGUGGCAGUUCUCCCCUGCCCGAGGCUGGCCUGGCUGCUCAGCUGCCUUUUUUUUUUGUUUGGAAGAUCUGCCCUGAGCUAACAUCUGUUGCCAAUCUUCGUCUUUUUACUUGAGGAGGAUUGUCGCUGAGCUAACGUCUGUGCCAGUCCUCCUCUGCUUGGUAUAUGGGAUGCCACCUCAGCAUGGCUUGAUGAGCAGUGUGUACGUCUGGGCCCGAGAUCCAAACCUGUGAACCCCAGGCCCAACAUGAACUCAACCACUACGCCACCAGGCUGGCCCCAUCACCUGCCCUCCUUGCAUCAGCCUCCUGGCCUCUGCAUGAGGUUGAGUUCUCCACAAUGGCUGCCAAGUCCUGUGGGCCUCAGAGCCAAGCCAGCCAGCCAGCCCAGGAAAAGCAUUCAGUGGCUUAAUACGGACUCAGAAGGAAGCAUACUGGCUUUUCUGGGGCUCAUUGGGAGGGCUUUGGUGACUCUCUGUCCUCGCUUUCUAACUUCCAAGGCUGAUGCCCCCACCUCCCAAGCCAGGCACCUUGGGGGCAGAUAGGUGGCUACCCCUUUUUCUAGGGUGAGUCUCUGGCAAGGAGCCCUCUGCUCAAGUACACCAGAAGCAUCACGCCUCUCCAUUUAUUCGAACUUAGUAGGCUCUUUUCUUUCUGGGGGAAAAAAAACCCCAAACCUAGCCUUCAUUUCUGCUGAUUUCUAGAGGCAUCAGCUCCCAGCAGCUUGUGAGCAGGCACCCACUCUGCAGCAGCCCCUCCAUCUUUCCAGGGCUUCACUCUUUAGGGCUGAAAUCCCUAAAUCCCGCCAUGUCGGGGUGGAGUCUGGGAAGAGGCAUCUCAGAACACCUGCACCACCCAGAGUCCACGGUGAGGCAGAGGUUAGCGUGCUUGAAAAAGAUGACUCGACACUGGCCUCCAUGGCAGCACUCUGAGCCCUUCACUGCUCUGUCACUGCCACCCUCCAGUCCUGACCAUGUGACAGCCCACAGCUGACUAGGCAGCAGGCCUGGGUUGGCUGGCUCACCUCCAGCCAAGGCUGCCUGCGUACAUUUCUGUGGACACCCUAUGGCUAAUUUUGUUACAGCUGCACAGCGGCUGCUGCCAUCUUGUAUUAAACGUAUUAUGAAGUAAACCCACCUGCUUCGAAGCUGGUGUUUUGGAGGAAGAGCAGUGUACUUGCUGCUGCCUCCCGUCUGGCUCCAGCCCCAUGUCCUUAGAGAGUGGCUGGUCCAGAUCCUGUUUCUGCCCUCCAGCCUGCUCAUUGGUGAUGGACGACAAGGGGAUGGACUCAGUGCUUAGGAUAGAGGGGGUCUCAGCCUUCCUGUCCCAGAUCUCCUGGUGAUUUUUAAGGGAAGGAGGGAGCGCAGAGUGGUAAGUCUUGGAGCCAGAAGGAAGCUCAUAAAUUUCUGGAAACCACCCCAUGUUUUUUAAAAGAUCAAGACAAUUUGAUUUUCCCAAGGUCAGAAGUGAAGCCAAGAUCCAGAUCAGCAGAAAUGGGGCUUCUGAGGAUGCCAGCCUGGGGCCCCACUGCAUAGCCGCCUGGAUGGAGCAUGGUCGGAGGGGAACAGGUUUGGGUUUUCCCACAGCAUCCAAGUUCCUUAAAAGAGAACUGGUUUUCUUGGCUCUCGGCCCAGCAGUGCCUGUUCCGACUUCUGGUCCUGGCCUGUAGCCAAGUGCCAUUCCCAGCCUGACACGUGAGACAGGUGGAGCUUGCGCUUCACCAAUCCCAGCCCAGUUCCACACUGAGGGAAGACCAAGGGCUUGUGGCACUGUCCCUUCACUUCCUCACCCUGCCUUUGCUAUGUUGGAGAUGAAUGUGGCUGAAAUGGUGGUCUUGCUGGGUUUAAAGUGCAGCCGGAACGACUAGCCCAGAGACGUUCAGAAUAUGACCAAAUGGAAUGUUUCGUCCAGUCAGUGUGGGUUACAGAGCCCUACCACCAACUUGAGGAGAAAGUGCUUGUCUUCCCGAUGUUACAUGUGAAAUAAAAGAGAAGUGUUUUAAAUAAAGCCAAAAAAGAAAAGUGUA